UUUGGGUUAAUUUAGAUAUUAACUUUAUCUUGUUUGUUUUCUUGAGUAUUUUACAGAUGGUUGAAGUAAUGUUUCGUCAUUAUCGGGCCAUUAAGUAUGAAUUGGUUGGUCGUCGUAACUUCUACUCAGCAGGAGGAGAGUUUGGAACGCCAUAUCCAAUUGGAUGUGGCAAGGAAGGUGUGACUGGUUUUUUUGGGUCGAUGAGGCCUGCAUCUUGGAAGGAUGGAUCUCUCUUACUGAAUAUUGAUGGUGCAAGUUACACACUCCAAUAUCCCUCGCACUUACAAGAUUAUAGAUGUUUCAGAACAUUCUGCCGAGAAACAAACAUUUCCUUUAAAAGAUGAGAAUACUGGGAACACAGUUUACUGCACCAUUGAAAACUACUUCAAGAACCAAUAUGGAAAAAAAAUUAAGUUUCCAAAGUUGAACUGUGUACAAGUGUCUCCUGCUGAAAGGAAUGUGUUUAUUCCAUUUGAGUGCUGCAAGAUUUACAAAGGUCAAAGAGUGGUUAAGAAGCUUAGUGAUCGAGAAACUGCUCAAUUUAUUAGGACAACAGCUGUUCCACCAGCAACAAGAAAGAAACAGAUAUGCAAUAUUCAUCGCACCAAUGACUUUACUCAAGAUCCAAUGCUGAAGAAUCUGCAGUUCAGUAUAGCAGAAAGAGUAUGACCUCUCCCGUUUCUUUUAUAUGCAGUAAUCACCAUUUUAUAUAUGAACAUACAGUAUACUUUUCCAUUGACCCA